AUGUUUCUGAAGAAACUGCUCACUUCGGCAGCGGCCCUCAGCGGCUCUGUCUUUGCACAGAGCCAGGCUGGCGUCGACCCCCUCGACGACCCGGGUAAUGAUCUAUACGUCAAAGACCUCUCCGAAUGUCCCGGAUACAAGGCUACGAAGCACUGGGAGACCAAGUCGGGGUUCUAUGCACAUCUGUCUCUCUCUGGACCGGCCUGCAAUGUCUACGGCACUGACUUGCCCGACUUGAAGCUGGAAGUCGAGUACCAGACCGACAGCCGCCUGCACGUCAAGAUUCUCGACACCAAUAACACGGUCUACCAAGUUCCCGACAGUGUCUUCCCGCGCCCUGGAUUUGGCCAGUGGUGCUCGCCCAAGCACUCAAAGCUCAAAUUCCACUUCAAGGCCGAUCCGUUUUCGUUCUCCGUGUCUCGCACUGAUACCGGAGAGAUUCUCUUCGAUACCACCGGCAGCCAGCUGGUCUUCGAGAGCCAAUAUGUCUACCUCAAAACACAACUCCCCGUAAACCCUCACCUUUACGGACUUGGGGAGCACAGCGACGCCUUCAUGCUGAACACAACCAACUACACCCGGACCAUCUACACCCGCGACGCUUACGGCACACCCCAGGGUGAGAACCUCUACGGCGCGCACCCGAUCUACUUUGACCACAGAGGCAACGCCACACACGGAGUCUUUCUUCUCAACUCCAACGGCAUGGACGUCUUCAUCGAUAAGGACGACAAGGGCGCACAGUUCCUCGAGUACAACAUCAUCGGCGGAGUCCUCGACUUUUACUUCAUGGCCGGCCCCUCGCCGCGCGAUGUCGCGAUGCAGUACGCGGAGAUCACUCAACUUCCCCUCAUGACACCGUACUGGGGACUCGGAUUCCACCAGUGCAAGUACGGUUACCGGGAUGUUUAUGAGGUUGCGGCCGUCACGGCGAAUUACUCGACUCACGAUAUCCCACUCGAAACCAUCUGGACUGAUAUUGACUACAUGGACCGGAGACGCAUCUUUACCAUUGAUCCCGAGCGCUUCCCGGCAAAUUUGUACAAGGACCUCGUGGAUACAGUCCAUGCGAGGGACCAGCAUUACAUCGUCAUGGUCGAUCCUGCCGUAUACUACAAGGAGUCGAACCCGGCGCUUGACAAGGGUCUCGAAUACGGCACCUUCAUGACCGAAAAGAAUGGCUCUGUGUACCAGGGCGUCGUCUGGGCUGGUCCAAGUUACUUCCCCGAUUGGUUCCACCCGAACUCGCAGGAGUACUGGAACGAGCAGUUCGCCGACUUCUUCAAUGGAGAGAACGGCCCCGAUAUCGAUGCGCUCUGGAUUGAUAUGAACGAGCCUGCAAACUUCUACAACCGCCCUUAUCCCGGUAACAACACUACCCCGGAGAACUUCGCUGAAGUGGACGGCGACCCGCCAGAGGCGCCUCCCGUCAGAGAUGGACCCGAUGCCCCGAUCCCAGGGUUCCCAGACAGUCUCCAGCCAAACUUUGCCUCCGGGCAAACAAACGAGAAGCGCGAAGCAGCAUCUACUACUACUGUCCAGCACUCCACCCGCUCCCUCGCCCGUCGAACUCGCGGCGCCGGCCGCUGGCGCUCCGCCCACCACAGCCACAACCAGGGCAACUUCGUCCACCCCGGCGCAGGCUGGCAACACGGCCGACGCACAGGGUCCGGCUGCGGUCCCAACGAGUGCAAGGGUCUUCCUAACCGCGAGUUCAUUCGCCCCCCUUACAUGAUCCAGAACGGAGCUGGUCCCACGCUUGCUGAUAGCACGGCCGAUACCGAUAUCGUGCAGAGUGGUGGGUAUAUCCAGUAUGACACGCAUAACCUGUACGGCGCGAUGAUGUCGACCAGAUCGUAUAAUGCUAUGCGGGCGAGGAGACCUGAUGAGCGCGCGCUGGUUAUUACGCGGAGUACAUUUGCUGGAUCCGGAAAGGAUGUUUCGCAUUGGCUGGGUGACAACGUCUCCGGCUGGCCCUGGUACCGCCAGUCCAUCAGCCAGAUCCUGCAGUUCGCAUCGCUCUACCAGAUCCCCGUUGUCGGCGCGGACGUCUGCGGGUUCGGAGGCAAUGUCACGGAGACCCUCUGUGCACGCUGGGCAACCCUCGGCUCCUUCUACACCUUCUUCCGCAACCACGCCGAGAUCUUUGCCAAUCCGCAGGAGUUCUACCGCUGGCCGACUACCGCUCAAGCGGCGAGGAAUGGACUUGCCAUUCGGUACCAGCUGCUCGACUACAUCUACACCUCAAUCUACAAGCAAAACCAAACCGGCACACCGACCCUGAACCCGCUGUUCUUCAACUACCCCAGCGACGCCAACACAUACCCAAUCGACAUGCAAUUCUUCUACGGCGACGGCAUCCUCGUCUCCCCCGUAACAGAGGAAAACAGCACGAGCCUCACAUACUACCUCCCUAACGACAUCUUCUACGAGUUCGGCACCGGCGCCCCCGUCCGCGGACGUGGCGAGUACAUCACCACGGAAGUCGACUACACCGAUAUCACAGUGCACUACAAGGGUGGAAUCAUCUAUCCACUGCGUGUGGAGAGCGCGAAUACGACGACUGCGCUUAGACAGAAGGGAUUCAAUCUCGUUGUUGCGACGGGGCUUGAUGGCAAUGCGAAGGGCGAGUUGUAUCUUGAUGAUGGGGUGUCGUAUGUCCAGGAGGCCGUCAGUGAGAUUGAUUUUGUGUAUCGACGGGGUGUGCUGAGGAUGAGUGGGAGCUUUGAGUAUGAGGCCGGUUUUGGGAUUGAGGUUAUUACUGUUCUGGGGGUUGAGGAGGAGCCGAAGGGGUUGAGGAAGCGUGGGGUGGAGUAUGAGUAUGAGGAGGAGACCAAGAAACUGGUGCUUCAUGUUGAUGUGCCGCUGACCAAGGGGUGGAGCUUGAGGAUUCUUUGA